UGAGACUGUCUGCGGUGGAUGGGACCCCAGUUGGCCGAGGAGCUGUUUCCCACACCACCACACCUGUCAAGCUCAACGUCAGCGCUCUGCACUCAGAAGAGAUCAGGAUAUCAACCACCCAUCAUGCCCUGGUCAGCCGAACCCUCUAAUAUUCCUGCGGUAGACGAUUGGAUGCGUCGGAGCGAGGAAGUGUGGGAGGAGACUCACAGACGCAUUGAGGCUGUUUUACAACGGCAGAAACAACAGGCUGAUCGCCUACGCCGUGAGACCCCCCUUUACUCUCCUGGUGAUCGGGUUUGGCUAUCUACAAGGGAUUUCCGGCAACCAGAUGCUAAUAAGAAACUUUCAGUUAAGUAUAUUGGUCCUUUCAAAGUCAUUAAGAGAAUUAAUGAAGUUACCUACCGUCUCGAUCUACCCUCUCACUACCGUGUAUGCCCUUCUUUUCAUGUGUCUUUAUUAAAGCCGGUUAUCCCUGGUCCGUUGGAUGAGACAUCGCUCGGGGCGUCUCCUCCUCCUCCGGUGGCUAUGGACGGUGACCCGGUUUAUGCGGUAGAACGACUUUUGGACUCCAGGAGGAGAAGGGGAGCCCUGGAGUAUCUGGUGGACUGGAAGGGCUACGGACCUGAGGAGAGAAGUUGGUUCGGUCCGCAGUCCCAGGAGGGGUCGUCCCAGGUCCAGGGCUUCCAUCCAUUCCGUUCCCGUUUCUGGGCCACCUGUUCAGGAAUCCGCUGA